AUGUUCCCCAAAUCUUUUCUCGGUAAGGAUUUUGGAUAUUACUGUAUAUAUAAUCCUUGCGUUAAUUGAGUCUUAUUUUUCAUUUUUAGUGAUAUUAUUGAUGCCUUUGAUGGUUGAGUGUAUUCGAGGGGCCUUAUUCAGGUCCGGAAGGUCCCCCGGUCUCCAGAAAACGCGCGGUUCCCAAGCCAUCAAAAUGUUGUACAGCAAUCUUUUCCGGCCAGACAAUGGGCCUCUUCUUCGUCCUCAGAUUUCCUACAACAAUGUCAUUGACAACGAACAGAUAUUCUCCCGCCUUCGAACUCUUCUCAUGCCUUUCAAUGCCGAAUAA